CAUUUAUACAUGACGAACACGAAAAGCGAAAAAGUCAAUUAUUUGAAAGUACAUCUUGUUCUGAAGAAAGUUUGUGACUCAUAUGUUUAAAGUACGAGUCAUAUCAGCCAUUCUUUUAACCUUUGAUUUUUGCUGAUCAUAAUCAAGCGGAAAAGAGUCUGGAAGUUAAAAUGCCCUGUUCAGUGGGGGGAGUUUGCGAGACUUUAAGCCAUCAGCAGGAGCUAUGGAACCAUCAGAAAGCCUCCCGACUUACAUUACCAUAACACAACAUCACACCGCAAACUACUGGCUAAAGAUAGAAAACAGGAACAUGGCAUUUCUGUUCAUUAUAUUCAAGAGGAUUUUGUUUUCCUGUUGUUCUGUAAUCCUAAGAUAAACACUUGCGCACAUUCCGAGGACAACUCGAACAUGAGGCCCGGAAUAAAAGCGAUUUUAAAUUCCCUUUGAGAAUAAUCGGGCAACAUUACUGUUUUAGACAAUUAUAUAUUAAUUUCUGGUUACUACGGAGUGAAAUUAACCAAGACAGAAUUAAUGUAAAAGUCUGUUGUAAAAAGUCAGUGAUGCAAUUGGUUGAUUGACUGUUGAAUAUCAACAAGCCUCUUGAACAAGUUUACACUUAGCGCGCGAAAUGAUUUGCAAACACAACCGCGCUUUGGAUUAUUUUUGACUCAACAUAAUACCGCGGCCUAACGAAGUGCUUUUAUCGAGAGAAAGCAGCAUUUUUGGCGAGAACGAUCUAGAUGAAGAAAGAGUCUAGAUCACGGACUUUUUUUGCGCGAUUUCCGGUUCAAAAGGCGUAGGAUAUUUGGGUGCGACCGCGUCACGUUGGGAAUUUCGAUUAUUCGUGUCCGCCAGGCAUGCGUAACGUGAUGAAGUAACGCAGCCGCUUGCACGGCAACGAAUCGAGAUGAUCACUUGUUCCUUUGCUGAAUAAGACUCACUAGCAAAGUCUCAGCCGGAAAUCUGUUUUUUCAUUUUCGCGUUCAAGAUGCUACUUCUACUCGCUGCUCUAUCCUGCAUUAUUCAACAUUCCUUUGGCUAUAACCUAGAGACUGAAUUACCAGUAAUUAGACGAGGUGAUACGGGGAGCUAUUUUGGAUUUUCUGUUGCCAGCCACUCGUAUGAGGAUCUUUUCACGACGAAGAGGAAUCAUUCUUGGAUUCUGGUCGGUGCCCCUAAAGGCAACAGUUCGGUUUUGCCGCAAAUUGAAAGUCCCGGAGUUGUAUACAAAUGCGAUUUUGCUACAUAUCCGCAGUGCUCAGAGCUGGAACUUGUCAAUAGAGGAAAUCAAAAUGGAGAUAGGAAAGAAAAUGGUUGGUUUGGGGUUUCUGUCAUGAGUGAAGGACAUGAUGCUGAUGUUGUGGCAUGCUCUCAUCGACUACUUCAUAUAGAGGGCUCCUUCUAUACCUACCCUGGUCGUUGCAUAAGGGCACCAAUUGAUGAUGGAGAUGUGGGAAGGAGGAAAACAUUAGGUUAUUGUGAAUCAAGGAAUCAAAAUCAGGCAAAUCAAGGAGGUUCAACCACAAUAAAUUUCAAAGAUCACAAAUAUUGUCAAAUGGGAGUUUCCCUUGCCCACUUAAAGGCUGAUAAUGUGCAGCUGAGUGAAAAUGUGCCACUGGUAGGAGCUCCUGGAGUGUAUAACUAUCAAGGAGAAUUUAUUUAUCACAGUAGAGAACAGAAGGAAUUCUACAAAGAUAACAGUCCAUAUGGAUAUCAAGGUUAUGCACUUGCCCAGGGAAGCUUUUUUAAAAAAGGUGCAAAUGAUGUUGCCUCUGGUGCACCUAGAUUUGACCACCAUGGCAUGGUGGCAGUGUUCAGAAACUUAGGAUCAGGAAAUUUCCAAAAAGAUCCCUCUCUCCUCUUGCCUCCGGUUGAAGAUGGUGCAAAGGGCAGUAGGCAACCUGGAACUGGAUUUGGGAUUGCUCUGUGUGCUGAGGACCUCAACAAUGAUGGACUUUCAGAACUUUUAGUUGGUGCACCUUUCUAUUCUGAUGAUUUAUACCCUGAGCAAGGAAGGGUGUAUGUGUAUGAAAAUAAAGGAAAUGGAAAUUUGGUUCUUUCUCACAAACUGCCCACAGGUGGAAGGAAGGAUCGCUGGAGAGCAAAUUUUGGACGUGCACUUGCUUCUGUUGGUGAUAUUGAUCUUGACGGAUAUCAAGAUGUUGCUGUUGGGGCACCAUAUGAGGAUAGUGGCGAGGGUAUAGUUUACAUCUACAGAGGCUCAGAAAAAGGCCUUGUUGAAACACCAAUGCAGGUUAUCAAAGGUUCUUCUGUGUCAGCAGGUAUUCAGUCAUUUGGAUAUUCCGUUUCUGGAAUACUUGACUUGGAUACCAAUGGCUACCCAGAUGUUGUCAUCGGAGCUUAUCAAUCAGAUACUGCAGUUCUUCUCAGGGCAAAACCUGUCAUUUCGAUGUCGUCAACAAUCACAAUAAGCCCAGACACAUUUGACAUCAAGGGCCGUAAGACCUGCAAUGAAACUGAACGGGAAGGAAAUAAAAAAUUUGCCACAUCGUGCUUUGACAUUAAAGUUUGUACAAAAUAUACUGAGAGAUCAGGAAAAGUGAAAGAAAAAAUUGGUGUACUUCUAACUAUGAAGUCUGACACAGAUCCUGAGUGGGAAGCAGACUCAAGAGUUUUGUUCCAAAAGAAUCAGAAAAACGAAAUUAAUCGAACGGAGCCAAUAGGUGGCAAUGAUACUUGCUUUGUCUGGUUUGCUUAUAUAAGGGAAGGGGUGACAGAUGCAGAUGUUUAUCCUGACAUCCAGUUUACACUGACUUAUCAGAUUGUGAAGGAACCAACACCAAAUGUCAGUGACCCUACAGAUGUACCCUCACUUGUCCCAUUUGCAGUUUUUGAUCCUUUGAAGCCACAGCAAGCCAACGCAGUUCUUUCAUUCAAGAGAGAUUGCAAGAAGUGUGUUCCUGAUUUGAAACUUGAUGACAAAGAGAGUAAACGAACACUUGCUGUUGGUGCUAAAAACUACAAGUUGGCAGUUACAGUAAAGAAUGAAGGAGAUGAUGCUUACAAUGCAAAGUUGUUUGUAACAAUCCCUAAAGGAAUAAAAAUAGGAAAAAUCUUCAGUGUUGAUAAAGAAAUAUUUAAAGGAAAAGCUGUUGAAAUAACAACACUGGCCUCUAAUGACACCUUUGUGACUGUUAAGCUGAAUACUCCCUUCAAGAAGAAAGAGCAACCAAUUCAAAUUGAUUUAGACACCUCAAGAUACAGUGACACUCCAGAUUUCCUGCCAAUACAUCUUAGCACAAACAGUACGAAUGAAGAGGACAGCAACACAUUAGCUGACAACUAUCGCUUUUUGAAUAUAUCUAUCAAGUCACAGGCAGACUUGGAAAUUAAUGGUACAACAGUUGAAGAACAAGUUGCUUAUGGGGGCAAGGUUGUUGGUGAAAGUGCCAUGGUUAAUGCAGAAGACAUUGGUAAUGAGGUCAUUCACAAGUAUUUUGUGAAAAAUCGUGGUCCAGAUCCAGUUCCCCACACCGAAGUAAUAAUAGAGUGGCCUUUUGAAGCACCAAGUGGGAAACAUUUACUUUACCUCAUGAAUGUUAAGGUUGAUGGAAAUAGGGCUUAUUGUGAGAAAAAACCUGGGCAACUGAAUAUGCUUGGUUUAAAGACAUCAGCCGGUGGCAGCUCAGGACAGCAACAGAAUGACACAUCAGUUGAUGCAAUGGUAGAAAGACGAAGAAGGCGUGCAGUGGAAAAGACAGAGUCAAGUUCCAAAGUCAAAAGAGAAACUGACCCUAAGAAGCCAGAGAAGCUUCAGUCUGACCUGGACUGCAAGUUAGGAUCUGCAAAGUGUACAAAUAUACAUUGCACUAUCAAAUUUUUGGAAGCUGGUGAUGAUGUGACAUUUACAGUUAUAUCUCGUCUUUGGAAUGGUACCAUGAUAGAGGUUGGUACUCAACUAAACCCAGAUGCCAAUGUUGCAGUUCCUUCAAAGGGUCUCCCCAAAUGGGUUAUACCAGUCUGUGUAGUUAGUGCUGUUCUUCUCUUGGUACUAAUAGUCUUUUGUCUGUACAAGCUUGGUUUUUUCAAGCGACAAAAGUUUGACAAGAAUAUUACUGACCCAGAAGAAGUUGACAGAAUGUUGGAUAAUGGCAAGGGAUACCAUGCUUAAAUUUGUUACAACAGACAGUAAUCCUCCUAAAGUAGACUAGAUUUGCAAACAAUAUGGACAGAGUUACAGAGGUGCAUGGGUACAACUUGUUUUGCAUUAUUACAGAAUGAGUUGGUUAGACCUCCAGACCAGUGGUGUUCAGCAACAGAAAGCUGUAUCACUAAUUUGGCUGAUGGUAGGGAACAAAUUCUAAGAGGGCCUGAACAUGUGAUCCUCUUUGUGUGCAUCAAGGGCUUGCCAAAAUCAAGCUUUCACUCAGACUGUUUUCUAGACUUAGAUGAUCAUCUAAUUUAUUGUUAUCUUGUUUGAUAACGGUUGUCUAUAAAUCCCUAUUUAAAGUUGGCAGGAGACAAAUUCCUGUCAUUUCAGUUACUAACAAGAACCAACUUUGCUGUAAGCUUAAAAGCACACAUCAGUUUGGACACUGCGUGGGAGAAAGAUUUAGCUUUUAAGACCUUUGAUGCGUAAAGGUGGUUUAAGCACAUGCAAGUAUUAUGAUAUCAUAGUGCAAGGUGUUCAUUAAGAAAUGCAGUAUUAGAAAAAGUAUUCUCCACAUCUUGGUAGAAGGGCAUAGAAUCUUUGCCAGAAAAUUCCCUGAUCCCUGAUGGGUAGUAAAUACUAUGUAGUGAAAGCUACAAGAAGAGGCAGAAAUUCCAAGAAGCACAUAGGGCUGACUGAAUAUCAGUUGUGGUCAUAAUGGUAUUAUGACUCUUGGAUCAGCCUCAAACACCUGUGAGAUUCAUUCUUGCAGUAGAUACAAUCAGACGUUGGUUGAGAAGUAGUUAAUAAGAUGUAAAUUUUAACCUUAAAUCACAAGUACUUUUUUUUAUACAAAAUUACACUUUUAUUGGUAUAAUUCUUUGGACAUUUGGCUUGUCUUAAACCUUUAACCCAUCCCAACCCAACCUCAGCUUGACUACUAGCUGAGAAGUUGGGUGAUAAAAGUAAAGACAGUCUAAAGGAAACCAAUUUUUGUAUUUUUGUCUUGGCCAUUUUCUUUUCCUGAAUCAUUUGAUUUCUUUGGAUCCUUGAGUAUAAUUAUCUGUUGGGCUAACCUCUCAGACUUUUUUUUUAGUCUCUUAGUUUUAGAACCUUUCUGUGUGAUUUUCCUUUGGAUGCCAUGUUUGCCCUCAGUGGUACAAGUAGUGUUAUGAAGAUAUGUGCUGCAGUGAUAACUAAUCUGGGGCAAAAUUAUAAAUUGUGAAAAUGGGGGAAAGGCAAUUCUUUUUUGAACAGCAUUAUAAAUAGAUCAGUAGGUGAACAUAAUCAUUUUAAAUAAAGCAGAUGAAUAUAUAUUCAUUACUGCUUAUAAAGAGAGAAGAUUGUGACCAAUUUGAUUGGUUGCUAUACUUUAUUGCGGUAAUGUUAAUUUUUACUUGAUGCUACUGUAUUUUAUUUUUGACAUUUUUCUAAAGUUGUUUUUCAUGGCAUUUAUUAAGGGUAGCUAGUUAAUGGGUACAUUUCUUUUGGCAUGGCAUAUAUUUUUGUAUGCUUAUCAUUACAAGGUGUCUAAAGGAGGAUGUUUAUACAAAGAGCUCAUUUUCAUUUUUUAUGCCUUUUGUUUGUCAGAAUAGACAGUAUGAAUGCUAAUUAAUUAUUUGCCUUAUUUUUACUUUAAUUAAAUAGCAUUUUCCUCCAAAGAAGAUGUAUUUUUCACAAGAUAACCAAACCACAUAUUGUUUGUAACUGUUAACAGUGUAUAUACCAGUAUCUUCUGUAUGUCCUCUAAAUUUUUUAUAACAUUUGUUUUAGAGAUUUUUUUCAGUUUGAAUGAUGAAUCAAAGGAAGGGAAGUACAUGAAGGGUUAUAAUCAAUACCUAACUUUUUUCCAAAGUUAACAUUAAAGAAGCCACACUGUUUCAACCCUGUAA